AUGGCGACAGAGGCCAUCCCUCAGGGCAUGGCAGGAUCGCCAAAGACAGAAGAAGGCAGCGUUACCGUUGAAGAUGCGCCUCUGAAAAGAAAAGCAUCUCUCGUCGAUGAAGAGAACGAUGCAUCUGUCCCCAAGCGCCAACGACAACAUGACGACGACCAGUCACCACCUCGUAGACCCUCCAUCCAAGAAGAUCGAAGAGCAUCAGCCACACAAGAAGAGAAGAAGCGCGGAAAGCGGUUAUUCGGCGGUCUUCUCAACACGCUUAGUCAGACAAGCACGAAUUCACAGCACAAGCGGCGGCAGGAAAUCGAACGACGGCAGCAGGAACGCAUGCAGAAGCAGAGAGAUGAGGAUGACCAGAAGAGGGCGGACAAGGUGGCGAGAAUAAAGGAGGCUAGGAUGGUGGACCAGAUUGGCUUCGAGGAACAAGUGAUGCGGAAUAAGCACUCCAAGUUGUUGGCUUUGGCGGAAUUUCUCAAGACGAGAACACAGCCCGCGAUUUAUUUCUUGCCGUGGAAAAGGACCGCCGACCAGGAAGAUACCAUUGACGAUCAAGUUCGCGCUGCAAAAGCCACGAUAGCGAAGGAGGAAGAGGAGUUCAAGUUGAAGAAGGAGCGUCACUUGAGUCGGUAUCGACCUCGGCGGGUGUCACACGCGGACAAGGAGGCGGUGGUUCCUGGGACUGAGGCGGAUGCAGAUACAGAUAGGCGUGGUGGUGAUGCGCCGGAGCCGACAAAGAAGGAGAGCGAGCCACACAAAGCCGGGCAUCACCAUGAUCCCCAUGAUGAGUCGGGGGAUGUGUUGGUGGAAGCAGAUGAGGAUAUGGUUAUUUACUAA